AUGGCGACGGAGGCAGCUGAUGCAUCCACAGAAGACGUCCCAAAGCAGAGAUUGAACAUGAUGAACAAUUCCAACCUGACAUCCCUUUCCUAUUUGGAGGCUGGAGAGGAGUGUAAUGGAACAUGCAAUGGAACUGCAGUUCCAACCGAUAAUAGCUCAGGUCACAACUUAUAUGGAUAUUCUUUACAGGACCCUAUUAUCUCUUUGGCAAUUUGUUUAAUCUGCAGUUUGGGACUUGUGGGGAAUGGAAACGUCAUCUGGCUUCUUGGCUUCUGCAUAAAGAGAAAUCCUUUCACCACCUUCAUCCUGAAUUUGGCUGUUGCUGACCUGCUGGUCCUUCUAUGCUUAUUUAUGUUUUCUACAUUUAGCAUUCUACUAAUAUUCACAAAUGUAUUUAUCAGUUCAUUUACAACCAUGUUCUUUACGUUAUUAUUUUUCUUCACAAACUGCGUUAGCCAAGUCCUUCUGGCAGCCAUCAGCAUCGAGAGGUGUGUGUCUGUCCUCUUCCCAAUUUGGCAUCGAUGCCACCGGCCAACGUAUUUGUCAACCACUGUGUGUGCUCUCAUAUGGGUCAUCGCCUCCUUCCUAUUUGCAGUUUACUUCACUCUCCGUCAGUCUGUUCAGUUCAGAAUGCGUAUCAAAAUAAAAUACCUGUAUGUUGGGAUUAUCUUGCUUUGCUUUCCCCUCAUGGCUAUCUCAUCUCUCAUCCUUUUUAUCAAAGUCUGUUUUAAAUCAAAAAAGAAUCACCGGAGGAGACUUUUAAGAACAAUCUUGCUUACUCUCCUCUUCUUCCUUAUAUUUGCUUUUCCACUGAAUGCUACUGUAUUCAUCACCUUUUUUGGAAUUGAAUCCAUACAUCUAAUUGGCUAUACCUUCAUGGGUGCUGCCAUAAACAGCAGUGUUAAUCCAUUGAUAUAUUUCCUGGUUGGGAGAAAGAAGAGCCAGUCUAGAGAGAAUAUGAAAAUUAUCCUCCAGAGAGUUUUCAAGGAAGAAGAGGAAAUAAUGGAAUCCGCAGUUUAA